AUGACCCACCUUGAAGAAAAAGCGCUGGAAACAUCCCCAAAAACUCCCCUCUGCUGGUUCCGCAAAGUUGAUGACAACUUUGUCAUGCAACAUCCCAACAAUGACCCCAGAACCCUACUGGACCACCUGAAUUCCCAAAACCCACAAAUGCAGUUCACCAUGGAGGAAGAAACCAAUCAGCAGCUCCCCUUUCUUGAUGUGCUUGUACAGAAAGACAAUAACAACAAACUCCAGACCACUGUUUAUCGGAAACCUACCCACACAGACCAAUACAUACACUCUGCCUCCAACCAUCCACCUCAAGUCAAGAAAGGAAGUAUUUCAACCCUAGUGAGACGAGCUCACAACAUCUGUUCCACGAAGCAACAUCUAACUACUGAAGGAAGCCACCUCAAACAAAUAUUUACACAGUAUAACCUCUACCCUGAGCAACUAGUACAACAGACGAGACAGAACAUCAGCAAGAAAUCCCAGAAAUCACCCCGUCAACAGUCUGCACCCUUUGUGAUCAGCCUCCCCUACUUUGGAACAGUGAGCCACAAGAUCCAGAGACUCUUAAAGAAACAGGCCAACAUUGAUGUAGUGUUCAAGAGAAGUCCUACCAUUCAGAACACAAUAAAAGCAACAGGGAAACCACCAUCCAGCCACAAGCUAGAACGAUCAGGAGCAGUGUACCACAUUCUGUGA